UUUGAUGCAUAGCAUUCUGAUUAAUGCCCACGGUUGCACGGUAUUUGGCAUGAACAAUGAUCUUUACCGACUGCACUAUAAACGUCGACAGACUAGCCACACCAUCACCGCGGAAUCAGAGAACUAUAGGUUCUCCAUCGACUUUGUGCCAGCCAUCAGGAUGCACUUCAAUGGAUACGAAUGUCAAGCAGUACCCAAGUAUGGAGGGGGACCAAAAUGGUUCAACGAAUGUACCUUUAUGGUGAACAAUGUCCAAUCGGAGAUACGUCACAUCACUAGUGGUGGUAAGAACAUGCGGGACGCCAUCGUGUUGCUGAAGGCACUGUGCGAAGUGAACAACCUGCCCAAGAUUCGUAACUACCAUUUGGUUUCCACGGCCAUCAACUUAAUCUGCAGUGAUUAUUACGAUGAGUUUUCGUUGGAAGAUGUCUUUCUAAGUCUACUGUACAAUCUAGCCGAAGCUUUUAACGAACACGACCUCCCGUAUGCCAUUUACGGGGAUCUAGAUCUGCUCUCAAACUUUAAUUCACUGAAGGUCAUCGAAUAUGCCGAUGUUUUGAACAGAGCUUUCAGGACUCUGAAAACAUAUCCUGACAAAUACAACCUUUCUUUUGAGCGCUGCAGCUGGCACUUUUAUGGCGAUGAUGACUAUUACGAAUAAGGCUAAUCAGUUUUAUAAAUAAGUUUUGACAAUUUUGAAUGUUAUAAUAACAUUUUUUACUUUUCGCAUCGAAACUUUUACCAUUCUAAUACCUAACAUUAAGCAGAAAUGUUUAUCUCAGAAUUUUUAUUAUUUUUCUUUUUGAUUAAUGUAUUGAAACACUUGCCUAUAUAUAAACUUUUUCUUUUAAUUUUGGAUGAAAGCGUUCGUAAAGUUUGCACGCCCUUAAUUUUUAAUUAUCAAUAAACAAUUUGCCAAAUUUUUAUUCUGACAAUGACAACCUUUCUUAUGAGCGCUGCAACUGGCACUUUUAUGGCGAUGAUGACUAUUACGAAUAAGGUUAAUCAGUUUUAUAAAUAAGUUUUGACAAUUUUGAAUGUAUUAAUAACAUUCAGAAUCUUUCGCAUCGAAACUUUUACCAUUCUAAUACCUAACAUUAAGCAGAAAUGUGUAUCUAAGAAUUUUUUUUAUUUUUCUUUUUGAUUAAUGUAUUAAAGCACUUGCUCAUUUAUAAACAUUUUCUUUUAAUUUUGGAUGAAAGCGUUCGUAAAGUUUGCACGCCCGUACUUUUCAAUUUACAAUAAACAAUUUGCCAAACUUUUUAUGCUUUGAAUACUCUGUAUAUUAGUUUUAAGAAGUUUCUGUUAAGUAUUAAGAACUGAACCUCGAGAAGAAUAUUUUUAUAAACAGAUUGAUUAAUGGACAAUAAAUACAAGAAAAUAUUCUCUUAAUUUUGAUUGAUUCAUGUGAGUUAUGCAUGCAGCAAAGCGUCUGCUUGCACUGC